AUGACUCAAUCUCUCUUGCUGCCACAGAGACCUGUAUUGGCUCAAGAAGAGGAUUACAUGAAAAAAGUAGCUCAAAUUGUGGGCUCUGUGGACCGGUCGCAAAGUAAGGCCGGAAGUUCGAGUGCAACGUUUUUGGCAGGCUCUCGGAAAGAGUUGUAUAUUCAUUUUGAUGAGAAUGAAAAGAAGAUUGCCGAUCGGCAAAUGAGGUCUGCUCAAUUAUGUCGGAGAGCUAAACAAAAAGAAGCAUUGGAGAAUACGAUUGAAAAGAAGGUGAAACGGCCUCAAACUGCAUAUACAUCAAGUUUUAAGGCCAUCGAGAGAGAUCAUGCUCCUAUUUAUCGGAAAGAUGAAAAUAUUCAAACCACACCAGGACAAUACGAUGUAAAUUAUAGUUUGAUUGAUAAAAAGGAACUCGUACUCAAAUGGGUUCCACAUCAUGAAACUCCACCGACCAUUGAUGAGAAUUACAAGUACUAUCUUGAAGGAGAAAAAUUAUCGACCAAUGACGGAAAGGGUACAUCGUAUCAGUUCAAAUCUAAAACCGUAAGAAGUCAUGGUAGUCACAAGAAUGGCUUUUCAUACGAGAAUGAGUUUUUAGAGACUGGUCCUCAAAAAGAUUAUACCAAAUUCAAGGAGGAUCGUUCAACGAUACGCUUUGAUAAGAGCCUCGAUCGAAAUAAGGCUUCUGAACUCUAUGUCAACAAAACAAAGCCAACUAUCGGAGACUUAGUAUAUGAAACAGUUGAUCCCAAUGUAUAUAGUCCAACCAUAUCGAGAGGAAUUGUUGAUUUUGGCCUUUCCAGUGAUAGAAAGACGGCACGAAAAGGCUCCCGAAUGAAUACUGAACUGGUCAAGACCGAUAUUGAAAACAAUCCACAAAUCUCCAUGCCCAAUUGGAACAUUUUACAACAUUCCAAUCCAGAAGAUACCCUUAAGUUAUCGACCGUACCCGGAAAUGAGCGUCAAACCUUUGAAAGAGUUGUUAGUUUUGAAAAGCAAGUGUCACGAGAAGAGACGCCACCCUACAAGAGAAUGUUAUGGACUCCCAGCGCCUAUUACAAUCAACUCAACGCUUCUGAAUAUCAAAAGAAACGAGAUGCUGAGCAGGAAGUCGAACGAUUCAAGAAGGAUAAGAAGAAUGCAGGAGAAUCAAUGGGUCUCAACAGCGAAAUGAAUGCCUACUCGAAAACUCAUCCUAACAUUCCAUUUAUGUGUUACAUUGACAAGCAGCUGGAUAGACAAAAACUAGCAACGAAACCUCCUCUCGGAAAUGAUUUAGAUUACCAUGUGCAGUCGAAUGCCUCUUCCAAGUAUGAACGAGUGAGAAACAUUUCUUGCAUGCCAAAGCCAAAGAAGAAGAAUUCCUCAAAUCAACCUUUGGAAUCACAAAAAAUCGAUGAAAAUUACAAAUUCUACACCUCUCCAGAGGAUUGGAGCAAAUCGACGCAUUCCCACAAUUUUGGAACAGACACAAGUCGAGAAAAAUGCAAGGCACCAAUUGAAAUGAGAUAUUCAAAGGAAAAUAUUGACAUCUUUUAUGACGCUUCACGAACACUUGUUGAACAACGUAUUAAGGGAGAUCCACUCAUUCGAUGUCAACUGCCGAGAGACAAUAACAAGACCAAGCUGUUCAAGGCUCAGCAUAAUUUCCAACUCGAUCCAAAUGAAGUAUUGGAAAAGGUCAAACCAGGACAAAAUCUCAAGAAGGGAUUUGUGGAUAUGGCCAGAGCUAGACGAAGAAAAGACAUGGCGAAUCAUAAUGACUUUCCAAGUGUUGGUAGUUACAAGCCAAAAUAUUCCAUAGUGGAGUCGAAACCAAUCUCAUUCACGAUACCAAAAAGUGGAGUUUAA